AGCUAGUGUAGAGUCCCUCGUAUGUUUUUCUUGUAUAGAUAAGGAUUAUUUUUUCGUAAAGUGUCUGACAAUGGCCCAAGCUACAGGCUCAAAACGUACCAAAUCAACGGUUUCGGAAACUAUACAGGUUGAAGGAUCAACCCAAGAAAAGAAAAUACGUCUGGAGAAAAAGAAAGCUACAAAGGAAGAGACAUUAAUAUUAGACCUAAGUGUUGCACAAUUAGAUAAAUUGAUUUUGUUGGAAAAUAGUUUACCAGUUUCAUUAAAUGUAGCCGAGCAGGCUAUAUCAAGACUAUUAAAAUAUGCUAAAAUUGCAUCUGAAAAUGCAGUUCGUUGCAAAUUAAUAAUGCUGAUUGGGCAUUUAAGUCAGACUCCUGGUUUUGAUUGUCUCACAGUUCUUUCAAAAUUAAAAACACUUUUGGAGGCUGAAAAAUCUCACACAGUUAUAAGUCAGUAUUUGGAUACCUUGACAACUAUAGGCGAAAUAGUGACGGAAUCUUUAAAUGACAACUUGGAAAACUUCCUUUCUAUUGCAGUGAAGUAUUUGUCAAAUCCUAAGCAUAGUGUUCGAUGUAAAGCACUUAAACUUUUAGGCACAUUGGGCUGCCCUAAUAAGGAAAUAACUGUAAAUGUUGACAAAGACGUUGCAGAAUCAACUACUGCCCAUGAUGAAUAUGAUAUAUGCAGCAAUCUAGAGAGUAUUGUUAUUUCUUUUUUCAAAGAUCAGGAUAGCAGAGUCAGAGUUGAAGCUCUUGGAGUUAUUUUGUCUUGGCAUAUGAGAGGAAUUCCGCUGUCUCCUAGAAUGUACAAGGAUGUUUGUGCAACUUUAUCUGAUGACUAUGAAAAAGUUCGCUUCAUGGCCGCGAGAUUAAUCUGCGUAUUAUGCCAUUUAUAUCCAGAAGAAAAUGUAACAGUGUCCAAUGAAUCAAAAGAAACAUCUGAUAAAGUUCAGUUACGAUUAACAGAUGAUGGAUUUGCAAAAUUAUGUCAACUACUUUCUACUGAUGUUAAUAUGAAGGUCAGAGCUGAGGCCGCUAUGCUACUGGGAUCACUUCAUAAGGUUGACUUUGUAUUUCUUGAACAAACUCUUGAUAAAAUUUUGAUGUCCGGGUUAAGAAGAAAAACCUCUGCACACGAGCGACAAAGAAUGCACUUCCAGACUGGUGAGUGGUCGACGGGUAAGAAAUGGGCAGAUGACGCUCCAAAAGAAGAACUAAAUCCCGAUGAUGUAAGAUUGAUAUCUCUGGGAGCAUGUGGAGCAUUUGUUCACGGUUUAGAAGACGAGUUUGUGGAAGUUAGAAAUGCUACUGUAGAUGCUAUUUGCGAGUUGGCCGCUAAUUCACCGAGAUUUGCAGUUUUGUCUCAGGAUAGUUUACUUGACAUGAUGAAUGACGAAAUUGAAGAUGUUAGAAUGAAUGCGGUCCAUAGCUUAACAAAGGUAGCAUGUCACAUUUCUCUGAGAGAGGAUCAAGUUGAAGCGAUAUCUGGUUGUUUAAAAGAUUAUUCUACAGAUAUUAGGAAGGCAUUACAUGAAAUGUUUAGCAGGCUUAGAGUUACAACAAAAGUUACAUUGAAAAUGUUAAUUGAGGAGCUGUUAAAUAAUUUAAAAAAAUACCCACAAGAUCGACUAUCUAUUUGGAAGUGUAUGCAAAAUAUGGGUAAAGUUAAUAGCAACAUGGUUCAAUGUAUUGUACCUUAUUUACUACACCUCCAUCCAUACUUCGAUACGCCGGAGCCAGACAUUAACGAUCCUGCUUAUGUUGCUGUGCUGUUGCUUGUGCUAAAUUCCGCAUCUUGCCAUGAAGCUAUCCUAUCUCUAUUACCUCACCAUACUAUGAAACAUUAUCGAUAUUUAAAAGCAAGCAAUCCUGAUCUGUUACCGAAUGAGCUCAGAUUGGAUCAUCAUAAGCAUACGCAAACAAAUCGUGAUCAGAUCUCCUCAGAAGCUACAUCGUCAUCAUAUUUAAAACAAGUUGUUGAACAUAUACCCAACCUUGAAAAAAUGGAUCUACCUACGGCCGAAAAAUUUGUCGAUAUUACCAGAAGGGAUUUACUACGAAUAAGUUCUUUAGAACCAAGUAAUGCGGCAACGGCAGAGUUUAUGGUGAUCUUUUUGGAAUGCAUUGGAGAAUUAGUAACAAUCUUUCAGAGUUCUACAAAUCUUGCUGCCGACCUAAGCUUAGAUCACCAAAGGCAGCAUAUCCAAGGUUUACUAGAAAAGAUAAUUGAGAAAUGUACUUGUAUGCAACAAUUAUUUCUUGGAAUAUCUGAAAAAGACAACAUUUCCGUUCUUCAGUUGAAACUUUGUGCGCAGAGUAUUCAAUUAUGCUCAUUUUUACAAACUCGAGCUGACUGUAAAUCAUUGUGUAUUAAAUUUCUUAAAAUUGUCAGUGAUUUUAAAGGAAAACUGUCUUCAUGUUCAUUCAAGCCUUCUCGUUUCACUUUGAACCUCUUGAAAAAUUUAAAGAAAUUUGAGAGCUGUGAUCCUAAUGUAUUUCGUUCGACAUUGUUACCUUUGCUAUCGAUGUGUAGACAGAAUAUAAAUGUCUUACAAGUUAACAACACUUUACAUAAAAUACAAGCUUCCAUACAAGAACCUCAAGACAGCUCUGACGUUCAGUACAAGUUCACUUGUGGGUUAAUAACUUCUAUACCUGUUCAUGCAAUAAUCGAAGAGAUCGAAGAUCCAAGUCGAAUAAGAAUUCAAGUUACCUAUCCAGAUCAGCAAAGAUCAGUUAUCAUUCCCCGUCUUGAAGACUUUCGGCAAAUUUCUCCUUCAAAAUAUAACUUAAAAACGAAAGCUUUAUUAUGCCAUAGUGCAUGGACAGACGCAGCUCACGUAGAAAUUGCCGUUGUACUGAUUAGAGACACUCAUGACGAACUGCUUGUUUCCAAAUUAAAAGAUCGGACGAACCAAACGUUAGAACUAUGCGAUGUAGUCAAAGUAAAAAUACUUCCUGACAAUGUCCGAAAAACUUGA